AUUCAAUAUAAUAUAGGGAAAAGAACUGAGAAUGAAAAGAGGGGGCAUUUAAAGACUUCGCGAACAGCCGGAACCUGAACAGUUCUGUCUACACGAUGCAUCGAGUCAUUUCAUUAGAGUACACCAGGUAAGUCGUAAGAUUCUUAUACAGUUAAGAAAACUAGUACGUUUAACACUUUUUUACCAGUUUCCGUAAACUAAAUUUUAAAAAAUCUCAAACAAAAAGAAAACGCACCGCUUACUAUGUUUCUUAACUUUUAUUUAUUUAUAAAUAAAAUGAGUUGAACCUUGAUUAUAUUCAGAAAGUUUAUAAGAUAAUGAAGGAUAAUAAGUAAACGUGUUAUACCUAUUUAUUUAUUUACACGUUUUACAUCGAUUCUAAUUAAAUUACGAAUAGAGAAUAAAAACCAAGCCGUGAAAUUCCAUUACAUUAGUCGUUAUGAGAUAUAGGGAAAUGACAGUAUGCUUACGGAGAAUGCACAUUCCGUAUGCAACUUUCUCCAGUUUCACUUUCUUCCAGCAAGAUGUUAUGAACGAUAUUCUCCUUGUUCUAUAAUCUCGUUAAACUAUAUACAUUAAGAGUUACUCCACAUAAUAUUGUUCAGUAUAAAAAUUAUAAAUAUGAGCGAUUCCAUCAGACUUCAGCCAUCCGUAUUUUAUUUGCUGUGCUACGUGGAUUCGGUCGUUUUUAUUUUGAAUAUAGAUAUGCCGGAGACGGUGCAUCGCAUACAAAAAUUAUAAGAUAUGGAAGUUUUGUUUUUUUAGUAUCUACAAUAAAAGUAUUGUUAAAAAAAUUUGUUGAAUUAUCGAUGUUACGGAAUUUUUUUAAUAUUCUAUAGACAGAAUAUGAAUUUUGUGCAAAAUUAUAAAUUGGGACAUCCCGCCGUUUUUUAGUCACAAAUUUUUUUUAAUUUAUAAGAACACUAAUUUUUGUUAAAAAUCUUAAACAAAAAUAAAUAAAUUUUAAUAAAUUAAAAAAAAAGUAGUGCGGGCUGUAAGUUUAUAACCCUAAACGCAGUCUCAACUCUGAAAAAUACAAAGAGAUAAUUUAAUUAGAAAAAACAAAAAUUAGUGUUCUUAUAAAUUAAAAAAAAAAAUUGUUACUAAAAAACUGCCGGAUGUCCAAAUUUGUAAUUUUACAUAAAAUUCAUAUUCUGUCUACAGAAUAUUUAAAAAAAACUCCAUAACACCGAUAUCUACUCUGUUUUAUUACUCAAAAAAAAUGUUUUAUUUUUUUAUUGUGGAUACUAAGAAAAACAAAACUUUCAUAUCUUAUAAUUUUUUGAUACGGUGCACCGUGUCCGGGAUAUCUGUGUUCAAAAUAAAAACGACCGAAUCCACGUAACACACCAAAUAAAAUACGGGUGGCUGAAAUCUGAUGGAAUCGCUCAUAUAUAUCCACCUAUUUAAUCCAUACUUCAUCAUUAAUUACUCAUUUAGGAUGUUUCUGCCAGCUAUAUUAUUCCUUAUUAUACUGAUGUUAUUCUUCUACUUGGGAUCAAGAAAACCAAAAGGUCUUCCGCCAGGACCACGUUGGUGGCCUAUUCUUGGCUCAACCCUAGAAGUAAUUCGGCUUCGAAAACAGACCGGCUAUUUAUACAAGACUCUCUCGGUUCUCUCCAAAAAAUAUGGUCCAGUUUUCGCUGUAAAAAUUGGCAUUGAUACUAUUGUAUUCUUGAACGAUUAUAAUAGCAUAAGAUCAAUGCUGACCAAUGAGGAUUGUGACGGGAGGCCUACUGGACACUUUUACAAAAUGAGAACACAAGGAAAGUCACAGGGUGUUUUGGUCACUGAUGGUCGCUUAUGGGUUGAACAACGUAGAUUUGUUCUUCGGCAUUUAAGAGAAUUUGGCUUUGGCCGCACCACUAUGGCCUCAUUAAUAGAAGAAGAAGCUCAGCACUUGGUCAAUCACUUUAAAAGACUUUUGUUAAGUGCCAAUAAUCCGGUGUCGGAAAGCAGACAACAAAUCAAAUCUUGUUCAAAUAACAAUGGGCAGAUUUAUCAACUGAUCUCUGAUACGAAUAUUAAUAAUACAAUGAUGACACACGAAAAAGACAACAUAGAAUCGGACACUAAGAAGAGAAAAAAUGAAGGAAUGACUAUUGAGGAUGCUUAUGUGAAAGCUGACGAUUAUGAUGAAGUGAGAAAAAUCUCACAGUCCUCCGGAAUGAUAAUCAGCAUGCAUGAUGCCUUUGGCAUUCCUGUACUCAAUACAUUAUGGCGAAUGAUGACUGGGAAAAGAUAUAAUCCGGAUGAUGCUGAGCUGAAAUAUCUUCAAAAAAUUGCAACUCAACUUUUAAAGGAUGUGGAUAUGGUGGGCAGUACAUUCAGUUACUUUCCGAUACUGAGAUACUUGGCGCCUGAAAUGUCUGGUUACAAAUCAUUUGUUGCAACGCACGAGCGAAUCUGGAGAUUUCUUAAGAAAGAAUUAGAAAAUCACAAGACUAACAUCAAUCCUGAGAAGCCUAAAGAUCUGAUGGACGCCUAUAUAAAUAUUUUACAGACAGAAUCUUACAGUAAGACGUUCUCAGAACAACAAUUACUAGCUAUCUGCUUGGAUCUCUUCAUGGCUGGAUCAGAAACAACUUCCAAAGCUCUCAGUUUUGGUUUUCUCUACAUCGUACUCAAUCCAGACGUCCAGAGAAAAGCUCAGGAGGAAAUUGAUUUGAUAAUUGGUCAUAAACAGUUUCCACGCCUGAGUGAUAGAGUAAGAAUGCCCUAUAACGACGCGAUUGUUCUGGAAUCGGUACGGAUGUUCAUGGGACGUACCAUGGGUAUACCACACAGAGCCUUAAGGGAUACAUAUAUCACAGGGUAUCGGAUACCAAAGAAUACCAUGAUAGUGCCUAAUUUCAAUGGGGUUCUUAUGAAUAACUUCUGGAAAGAUCCAGAAGUAUUUCGUCCAGAGAGAUUUAUCAACUCUGAUGGAAAGAUCUCAAUACCCGAUCAAUAUCUGCCAUUUAGCUUUGGUAAACACCGUUGCAUGGGAGAAGGUCUGGCCAAGAGCAAUAUAUUUGUAAUAACAACGACCCUCUUGCAAACCUUUAGGUUUUCUGUUGUGCCAGGUGACAAGAAACCGAGCACAGAAAUAGUGGACGGCGUCACAGCAGGACCAAAACCGUUUCGUGUCCUUGUUACACCACGUAUAUAAUUGUGUUAAUUAUAUAAUAUAAUUCUUGUACGCAUUUCCAUUUUAGCAAAAGCAAAAAGUAUCGCUUAAAAAAUUAAACUUACAUUUUGUAGAACGGGGUUGAUGAAUAUUUCUAUCCUAUCCCACUGAUUGAACAGUGGGAUUUUAUUUCGACUCUUCGUUAUCGCCAUUUUCUUUUUUCUCUUACAACCCUUCAAUAAUCGAUUACUCAUUAACAAUAUUAUAUUAUAAAAUACAUAUAUAUGCACAUAUAUUAUAUAUUGUUUAAUUGCAUACCUACAACGACAGCGUUCGCGCGAGGAACUAGCUGUAAAAAAAAUCAGCUAAAGACGCGACGAAUAAAAUAAAUACUCUUGACGAAUACAUAUCGAUCGUGU